GAACGCUCGCGAGAUUCCGUCCCCGACGGCGGGCCGAGAGCCCGGCUUUUGAUGGGAGGGCGGUCGCGAGCCGGGCCGUCUUCUCGCGCUCUUUUCUCGUUCCUCUCUUCUCGGCCGCGCGGGAGGAUGUGGCUGGGCUGGGCUUGCCUUCCAGUCGCCGGGACGUGGAGGCGGUGUCCGUGCGAGGCCGGGUCGGCUCUGAGGGGGAACAAGCUUAACUGUGAAGAUGAUAGAUCCACUAGCAAACAACUUGUUUGAUCUUCCUGAGUAUGAAGAAACAGAAGACGAAACAUUUCCACCUCUUCCACCACCUUCCUCUCCAAGAAGAGAUGAUGUUGAAAGAGCCUUAGCUAGUGAAGAGCCAGAUGGAAAUAAAUCAUCCCAAACGAAGGAUUCUGCUGUGUCUACACAGAAAACAACUAAAAGGCCGAUACCUAAAUUAGAUGCUCAAAGGUUAAUUUCAGAGAGAGGACUUCCAGCCUUGCGACAUGUAUUUGAUAAUGCAAAAUUUAAGGGUAAAGGACAUGAGACAGAGGACUUGAAAACACUUUUAAGACACAUGGAACAUUGGGCUCAUAGGCUGUUUCCUAAACUGCAAUUUGAUGAUUUCAUUGAGAGAGUAGAGUUGUUGGGAAAUAAAAAGGAAGUUCAGACCUGCUUAAAGCGAAUUAGACUUGAUCUUCCAAUUUUGCAUGAAGAUUUUACAAAUAAUGAAGGUAGUGGAGGGGGAAAUAAUCGGCUCGGGAUGUCUCCUGAAGAAGAAUUAGACCCUUUUUCUGAAAAUGUGAAGGAAGAAUUGGAUUCUCAGUCCGGUACUACCUUAACAGAGGAGCAACAGCGAAGAAUUGAGAAGAACCGGCAAUUAGCCUUGGAAAGAAGACAGGCAAAGAUGCAAUUUAACAGUCAGUCACAAGAAAAUGAUCAGUCUACCUCCCAGCCAAAUGAAGAAAAGUUUAAAACCACUGUGGCUCAAGAUCCAGCUGAUCUGACAGUAGAAAUUCACACUGCUGAAGCCAAAGUUGUUAUGGAAGCUGUGGACAAAGAUACACAACUCAAAUGUGCAGAAGAAAUCAAAUAAUCGCGCUCUCUGGAUACAAUGACGUUUAAGAGACCCAGAUAUCAAAGUAUGUUCAAAUAUCACUGGCUCGCUCUCUCCUCCCCUACCUUGGACAUUCUAUGGAAAUCUUAUCCAAGACAUCAAUGUAUCUGAACGACUUUUAUCUAUUUCACUAUGUAAAAAGGCACCCAUCAGCUCCAGUACCUGUUUUUUCCCCAACACCUUAAUUCAGGAAAGAAACACAGCUAUUCUGCAUUUAAACUUUUUUUUAAACUUGCUUUUUCAGUGACGAAAAGCAUCAGUGAAAAUACUGAUUUCCUCCCACUUCUGCUCCCCACCCCCUAAAGGAUACUAUGAAGUGACUUUUUAAAAAUUGACAUUCAUCAACCUUAACUUGCCAGGGUUUGAAAAGCCUAAGUUUGUAUAAUGUUUUUUCAUUCUGUUAAUUUUGUUAGAAUUGACGGUACAGUGCCAGGAACUACUUGCUCAGUAUGAACAUGCAUCUUGUCUUAACUGUUCUGAAGCAUUUUAUAACAAUACUUCAUGUUAUGAAAUGCUUAUAUUUUAGUAAAUUAUUUUAUACAGGACCUUGAAAGAUAUUACCUUUUAGAAAUAAAAAUUGAAAAAUAUUCUCUA